AUGAAGUUGCUGUGCUGGGAGUCGUUUGGUUGCUUCAUGGCUAACAUCCUGCCAAAGUCUUUCUCCUGGUCAGGUGAUGGGAUGAAAGCCUUGAGUGCGGUUAACCAAAGUCGGGAAAUGUUGGAUGAUUCUAUUGGUUGCUGUUCUAUGGAUUGGUUAGUCCAGCUACAGCAAUCCUCGUGUCCUCUAAUAAGGCUUUUAAUACUCGGAUUGUUGGCUUUGCCGGUUUAUAAUGCGAUUUUGAUUCUAGUGGGCUGGCGCCUAAAUUGUAGUGCUUCGAGCAGUGCAGAGCGUUUAGUGCUAGACAUUCGAGUGGCCAGAGCCGUGAAACGUCAAGCUCCUUCACCUCCUGCAGCUCCAAAGCCACCGCCUCGUCUUCGUAGACGAAAGCGCCAGAAGACUCCACUUCCCAUUAGAAAAUUGCGAUUGCCGGAGUCCUAUCCCAGUCAAAAGAAUCCAUUUGAUUGUAGCUUACAGGCAGAUCAGUACAAAAAUCUCAGGGAGAAUCUGAAAAUGGUGCUGGAGGGUUUGCAGAAACCUUUGCCGGGUUCAUUACCUUCUUCCCCAUUACUGCCCAUUUUUGUGCCUCCUGAAGUUGAACCCCAAUCUUUAGUAGAACCCCUCACCCCUCCAGAAUCCCCCAGGAUUGAGAGUAAAAAACAUUCCUCCAAAUUUUUACCAGGAAUCCUUAAGCGUAUUUGGCAGAGAUGGAAAACCCAAACCAGAAGGAAAGAGAAGAAAACCCCGACUUCAGAGGCCAGCACUUCCUCAUCCAGUGGCUCGAGCUCAAGCAUGGGUUCCAGCCUCUUCUAUGUCUACUAA